AGUCAUGAUUAAUGGAUAAUAAAAACUAGCACACAUCACAAUUUGGAGGUAAUUAAGCCACUUUGAAACUAUUUCAUUAAAUAUGCCAACUGCCUAAUUGGUUGAUAUUGAUGGCUAGCCAAGGUGUGCAUGGUUAAAAAGAAAGAAGAGUCCACCGACCACAAAGCAAGCUACUAUCCCUAAAGAGGAUGGAUGAUGGACUAGAAAGAACGGCUUUAGGAUCUCCAUCCUUCCAACACUUUACCUAUCCAUGGCUGCUCCAGUUUCUGUGGAAUGGGAAUGGAAUAUUUCCACUCCGGGAAGACAGCAAAGAGUGUCUCCUACUUCCAUGCUCUUCAAUAAAAGCUUGGUGUCCACGGACAGGGAUCUUGUUUCACAGUCUAUUGGCCUCUUCUUGAUGCUGCUGGUCGACCUAGUUGGGAUCAUUGGAAAUGCUGCUGUGAUGCUUGUAAUUAUCAGGACUCCGUUAUUCAAAAAGUUUGUCUUUGUAUUCCAUCUGUGCUUAGUGGACCUGACAGCUGUCUUAAUCCUGAUGCCUUUAGGGAUGGUGUCGAGCUCUGCUCUUUUUGAUAACAUAGAGUUCAGUGACACCUUGUGUCAGAUAUACCUCUUCCUAAGCAUGUUAUUCAUUAGUGCAUCUAUAUUAUCUAUCCUGGCCAUUAAUGUUGAGCGAUACUACUAUAUAGUACAUCCAAUGAGAUAUGAAGUGAGGAUGACACUGAAGCUGGUGAUGUUUGUCAUUAUCUGUAUAUGGAUUAAAGCCAUUUUAAUGUCAAUAAUCGCAAUUUUGGGUUGGAAUUCCCAAGGCCGCAUGAACAAUCAGUGCUCCUUGCGAUGGGACGGAGAGAUAUACAGAAAGGUUUUCAUAACUUUCUUUGGCCUGUUUUAUUUUUUGUUCCCAGUCUUAAUUAUCCUGAUAGUUUACUGCAACAUGUUCAAGGUGGCCAGGGUGGCAGCAAUGCAACACGGACCCCUGCCCACAUGGAUGGACACACCACGGCAAAGGUCAGAAUCACUCAGCAGUAGGUCCACCAUGGUCACCAGCUCUGGAGGACCAAGGGUUUCCCCACAAAGGACAUUUGGAGGGGGAAAAGCAGCCAUCAUCCUCAUUCUGGUUGGGGGCCAGUUUGUGUUUUGCUGGCUGCCAUUUUUUGCUUUUCACCUGCAUUCUGCUAUGACCCAAAAUCCAAUCCCCUUGGGCCUCUGGGAAACAAUUGUUACUUGGAUCGGGUACACCUCAUUCAGCAUUAACCCCUUCUUUUAUGGAUGCCUCAAUCGACAGAUCAGGGGGGAAUUGAGCAAGCACCUCACCUGUCUCUUCAAACAGACCCUGGAAGAGGAUCUCCGGUUACCGAGCCGAGAAGGGUCCAUUGAGGAGAACUUUAUGCAGUUCUUGCAGAGGACAGGUUGUAAUGCAGAGACCAGGUCCAGCUAUGAUGCUUCCAGUCCAAAGUUAGACCAGUCAGGACUGGGUUUCAGGAUACCUGGUCAGAUUGCAGAAGAGACAUCAGAAUUCCUUGAACAAAACAUAGCCACUGAUUUUACGAUGUCCAACAGCUGUAUUAGAACAAACAGGUCACCAAAACAUGAUGCUUAA